GUGUGUAUACCAAAGAAGAAGAGACAAGGGAGUGACCGAAUUCGAAUAAGCCAAAUAAAGAUUUUUAAUUUUCGUAUGCGUUUAUUUUUUCUUUCACAAUAAACAAUUUUACUUCAAACAAAAACUAAUAAAAACAGAUAUAAUUGAAUUAUGAAUUCCGCCAUUAUUAAAUAUUUGUUUUACCGCUGUGAACAAGAAUAAACAAUUAUUUUAUUAUAGGAGAAGGAGAGGAAUUAUUAAUAAAUAAAUUUACAAAGAAAAACAAGAAAACAAUUUUGUCUUUUUUCGUCUUCUCGCUUCUCGCUUCUCCAUGAAAACACUCAGCACAGCACAGCAAAAGCAAAGCAAAGCAAGUAGGUAGAAGAGGGGAAAUUGUCAGUGACAACGGAAGGGGAAGAAGGAGAGGUCGACUCGAGAUCGAAAUUGAAAAAGUACAGUCGAGCCGAUUUUUGUGUGUUCGCCGUUUGCCUCGCCUUUGGUGCGCGAACGCGAAGCGAACAUCCAAGGCAAUUUGUUUUUGUUUUUUAAAAGUAUUGAAGUUGAAGAAGGCCAUGGAAAGAGAGAAAAGCAACUGCGACUGCGAAGCGAAGGCGAAUGACGAAUAGACGAUGGCGAACAAAAAUCAUUCGUGUUUGAGAACUCGUUAGCGUCGGACGCGCAUAGCUCGUGAAUAAUAAUUACUAUUUCUUCUAUCUGAGGUUUUUUCAUUAAAAUUAAAAGAAAAGUGACUAAAGAAAAAUUACUCCUCCUCUUUAUGUGCAAUUUAUUAUUCAAACUUAAAAUUUUACAAUUUAAUGGUGUCAAUUGUUAAUAACAACAAAAUAUACACACACCCCAAACUUAAGUGAACAUAAAUAUUCUAUUUUAUUUAAAAAAAAAAUAGAAUUGUGCUUCCGAUUUAUUGGUAACCCAUUACCAACCCACAACAAAAAAGUGCAAAGUUUUUGAAAAGAAUUAAAAUAAAAUAUAAAUAAAAUGUCAAGCAGUUUCAUUCAAAUCAAACCAAUUGGAUCUCAUCCAAUGGGUAUGCUACCAUGGCAUAAUCCUCUGACUUUGUCGUCAAGUCCAGAUUUUCCGCAAGCGAGGCGUCGUGUUUCGUGCAACCUGUUUGGCAGGCCGGAAAGGGGCGCAAUAAACGAAACAUAUCGCCAGGAAGAAAAACAACGCUUUGAAAACUUCCAACAACGAUACAGUUUUGAUUUAGAUUUAGAUUACGAGGAGCUUCAAAAUCCACAACAACCUAAACCCAAAAUUAUAACCAAGUCGAAAGCCAAACCCACUAUAACAAGGCCCACUAUAAUUUCAACUGCAACAAAUAUUGCUGAAUCUAGAUUAUCGGGCGGCGAGAGUUUAAUAGAAAAAGAGCUGCGCGAACAUGAGAUGAAAUUGAAGCAGCAGCAACAGCAACGCAAAAAGACUGUGAGUGUGAAUUGCAACGAAAAACUCGUAGCAGCAGGUGACCGCAUUAAAUCUCGCAAUUUGAAAUCAGAGGAACAUAAUACAGCAGCAGCAGCACGGACAUUUGUGGAUAGUUCAAAGUGUGCAAGUGGCCACGGUGAACGACCGAAACCCUAUGCUAGACAACAAUCCUCUAUAACAGAUUACUACACUCAACGGAAGACAGUGGUGUGCAAUAAUAGUCGGACAACUUCUGCAGUUACAUCCGUUCAAGAUGAAACUACUGAGUUGGUGCCGCAUCUUUUAGAUGAAAGCGUUGAAGUUGAAGUUGAAUCAUCCACAACAAAAACUACCACCGUUAACAAAAAUGAAUCAUUUACAUCAUCAUCGUCGUCAUCACCUUCAGCAACAGUAACAGUAACAGCAAAACCAACUCAUCCCCAACAAUGUGAAAAUGAAUCAUCCCAAGAACAAAUAUCAUUACACACGAUGACGACUGAUGUAAGCGCGGAGCUUGCCUGAACAAAUCCCAGUAGUUCUCUUGCUGCUUCCUUUUUGUUUUAUUUUUAUUUUAUUAUUAAAUAUUUUUCUUUUUAAAAAAAUUGAAAUGAUCUCAUGAUUGGUUAUAAUAUUUAAAAACAUUUUUAAACUAGCGUAGUAACAUUUUAUUUUAAUUGGAUUUGUAUAAAUAAUUGUACAGUAUAAAAUAUUAUUAUUUGUUUUAUUAGAAGGCAUAACAACCGACGAACAAAAAAUUUAUAUUUGAUUCGAUUUUAAAUUAAAAAAACAAAAAAAAACUAAAAAUUAGAAGACAAAAUUAAGAAUAUUGAAGAAAAAUAAUAAUUCGCAUUGUAUUUAUGUAAAAUUUUAGUUGUUUCCCUAACAAACAAAAAGAAAAAAAAACAUGAACAGACAAACAAACAAACAAACAAAAGAAAUUAUCAAAAAAAGGGCUUAUUUUAGAUGUAAAUUAUAUAAAGUUUAUAAUAUAUAUAAAUGUAUACAUACCCCUACUUAUUAUGUAUAUUAAAGUUGAGAAAAGUAACUGAUUAUAUAAAUGUGAAUAAUAUUAUGUACGUUGCAAUUUAUUUUAAUAUAAAUCUAUAUAUAAACAAAUAUAUUAAUAGAUAUAUUUGAAAAACAAAAAUCUGAUUCUUUUCUUGAAAUAUCCAUCUGCUUAAAAACAGGAAUUACAAUAUAUAAUUAUUAUCAAAAAAAAACUAACCCUCCUAAAACAUUAAACAGUUUUUCAACAAUUUUUAAGGAGAAAUUCAAAAUUUAACAAACUUAUGAGUAAGUAAACAUUUUAAACAAAAAGAACACAAACUAUAUCUUUUAUCCGGUUCAAAACAUAUUUUUUUUAAUUACUUAAGUUUCUCUACAACUAUUUAACGAACAAAUCAUCAUAAUAACGUUGUGUAUUAAUAAUAAAAGAAAAGAGAAAAUUGAAAAAA